GCUGCCGCGGGGCACAGGGCAAGUUCGCCUACAAGCUGCUCCACGACCUCUUCGACAACUACUCCAGCGCCCUGCGCCCUGUGGAGGACACCGACCGGGCGCUCAAUGUCACCCUCCAGGUCACCCUCUCCCAAAUCAUCGACAUGGAUGAGAGGAACCAGGUCCUGACCUCCUACCUGUGGGUGCGCCAGGCCUGGCUGGACGCCCACCUCACCUGGGACAAGGGCGCCUAUGAUGGCAUCGACAGCAUCCGUGUUCCCAGCAGCUAUGUCUGGCGGCCAGACAUCAUCCUCUACAACAACGCCGAUGACCACUUUGGCGGCUCGAUGGAGACCAACGUGGUGCUGCGCUCUGAUGGGCACAUCAUGUGGGAUUCGCCCGCCAUCACCAAGAGCUCCUGCAAGGUGGAUGUCUCCUACUUCCCCUUCGACGGGCAGCACUGCCACCUCACCUUCGGCUCCUGGACCUACAACGGGAACCAGCUUGACCUCCGCAACCAGCUGGAUGCCGGGGACCUGGCAGACUUCGUGGAGAAUGUGGAGUGGGAGGUGCUGGGCAUGCCGGCCACGAGGAAUGUCAUCACCUACGGCUGCUGCUCCGAGCCCUAUCCCGACGUCACCUACACGCUCCUCCUCCGUCGCCGCGCCUCCUUCUACAUCUUCAACCUGCUCCUGCCCUGCAUCAUGGUCUCCUUCCUGGCACCCCUCAGCUUCUACCUGCCGGCUGACUCGGGGGAGAAGGUCUCGCUGGGGGUGACGGUGCUGCUGGCCCUUACUGUCUUCCAGCUGCUGGUGGCAGAGAGCAUGCCGCCAUCAGAGAAUGUCCCACUCAUUGGGAAGUACUACAUUGCCACCAUGACUAUGAUCACGGCCUCCACUGCGCUGACCAUCUUCAUCAUGAACGUCCACCACUGUGGUCCGGGGGCCCGGCCCGUGCCCCCCUGGGCUAGGCAGCUCAUCCUCCACCACAUGGCCCGGCUCUGCUGUGUCUACGAGGUGGGCGAGAGCUGCAAGAGCCCCUGGCAGGCCCUGGGCGGGCAGGCCAGCAGAGGGGGCUACAUCGCUGGCUGCUUCCGGCGCCACCGAGCCACCCAGCACCGGACCAGCGAGUGGAAGAAGGUGGCCAAGGUGAUGGACCGCUUCUUCAUGUGGGUGUUCUUCUUCAUGGUCUUCCUCAUGAGCAUGCUGGUCCUGGGUAAAGCUGCCUGA